AUGGCCCUGGCGUCGAUCGAUGAACCAAGAUAUGAAACGGCGUACGCGUGUGAAGGAAAAACGCUCAAGAUCGGAUGCAGUGAAGGCUCAGUGAUACAUCUCAUAAGGGCGAACUAUGGGAGAUUCUCCAUCACAAUAUGCAAUGACCAUGGAAACACCGACUGGAGUGUAAACUGCAUGAGCACUAGGAGCUUACGAGUUUUACACAGCAGGUGUAGUAUGCAUCAAAACUGCAGUAUAUUAGCCAGUACAAAUAUGUUCGGUGACCCCUGUCCGAAUACACUCAAAUAUUUAGAAGCCCACUACCAGUGUGUGCCGGCGUCCACAACAAGUACGACAACGAGGCCAUCACCACCUUGGUUAAUCACAUCUCAGCCGACUGUAUGGAGGUCCACCGCACCCCCCAUGCCCAAGAACCCAGUACUUACCCCACAAGAGAAGAAGAAGCCCACAGUGAUUACACCCCCAACGUUCAGACCACAUAUCACACUACCUCCAGAAGUUCAACUUGGAAAUAUUGCAACUAAGAAGACUACAACAAAACAACCAGAUUCAUCAUCAGAAAGAGAACCACCUCAGAGUGCUAUAGACAAAAUACCUGAAGUUAAAGACGAGACACCCAAAUCUGUUGUUCCAGAAACUCCAAAAAUAGACAAACCGAAAGAAAUUGAAACUCCAACAGUCACGGAUGAAACUCUUCACUGGCCAUCAAGGGAUGAGGAUUCUGAUCCUACAUCUCCCGUUCACCAUAUGCCACCCAAAGAAAACCGACCAAAUCUUGAUAUUAUUGAUGAUUUUGAAAAGUCCUUCUCAACAAUUUCAACACCAACUAUGGGCAGACGAGCAUACUGUCCACAAAUAAACGCUAGAGGUCUUCAUUGGAACUGGACAUUGGCUGGCACUUACGCAGUACAACCUUGUCCGGGAGGUGCUACAGGGUUAGCUAGAUGGAAAUGUACAUUAACAAAUCACCACUACAUAGAAGAAGAGAGACCAAGAAGGAGAAGUCCAGGGUUACAGUCCGGAGAAAACUACCACGACCUAGGUCUAGAUCAGCCUAGUGAUAGGCAAAUGCAACUCAUCAGGAGAUUGGGUUCGGAAAAUUUAUUGAAAGGUCGUGACGGUGACUCUCCAGAACACCUAAUAGACUACCGCGGGACUGCGAGUAUGCCAGAUGUUCUAACCAGCCAUAACCUUAUUUCCAAUGGAGAUAUUAUUUAUUCGGAUUCAGUUCCAGAAUGGCAUGGGGCUACUCCAGAUCUCAGCGAGUGCCGGUCGGUCUGGCUCAACAGCCUUGAGGCGAGGGUUCGAGAGGGAGAGUCCUUACUCAGCAUCAGUAAUGACUUGGCACAGGUGACAUCAUCAAACACGCUCUAUGGAGGGGACAUGAUGACCACAACCAAUAUAAUGAAGAAGCUCGCUCAGAGAAUGUCACAAAAUGUCCAAACAUUCACAGAUCCCAGUCAAAAGGAAGCUAUCGUUACUGACAUGUUAUUUGGCGUUAUUAAAACCGGAUCGAAUCUUCUAGAAGAGAGUCAAAGAGCUUGCUGGUCAGAUUUAAGCGCGGACGCACAGAACAGAGUAGCCAGUGCUUUAUUAACUCAGCUCGAAGAAAACGCUUUUCUAUUGGCCGACGCUAUUACCACUGAGAAGACAAUAUUACAAACUGUUAAGAAUAUUUGUUUAUCUGUACGGGUUUUAGAAGUAAAGAAUGUAGAGGACGAAACGUUUCCUUCAGCGAUAGCUCAAGAACAAUGGAAAGCAUCUGAAGACACCAUAACCAUACCCAAAGCUGCUCUUUUAGAAAACCAUCAAGUAGAUCUUGUAAGGAUAGUCUUCUUCGCGUUCGACGGCUUAGAAGAAAUAUUACCACCGACGUUUGGGAAGAAUCCAGAAUUUGCAGCGUAUUCUACUGAAGGAUCUUCUACCAGUCUGAACUCAGAACGUGAGAAGAAGAAUGUCACAAGAGUAUUGAACUCUAAGGUGAUAUCGGCCAGUCUAGGAAAUGGUAGACACAUUCAGCUUUCGCAAAUGGUUCGUCUCACAAUGAAACAUUUGAAGACUGAAAACCUAACAAAUCCGGCUUGUGUUUUUUGGGACUAUACAUUACAUGGCUGGUCACCAGAAGGUUGUCAAGUAGAAUGGUCUAACAGAACCCACACGGGCUGUGCUUGCACCCAUCUAACAAACUUUGCCAUUCUGAUGGAUGUGCAUGGAAUUCCAUUGAGUUCUGUACACGAGAUGGCGUUACGGCUGGUCACUUUUAUAGGCUGUGGUAUAUCCGUUGUGGCGUUGGUUGCUGCCUCAUUGGUGUUUCACUGCUUUAGGAAUAUGAAGUCGGAACGUGUGCUAAUACACAAGAACCUGUGUCUAUGUUUACUGAUCGCUGAAGUCAUAUUCAUGGCCGGCAUAGACCAGACACAAAACAGGACAUUGUGUGGUGUUAUUGCCGCUUUACUUCAUUACUUUUUCUUGGCUGCUUUCGCCUGGAUGUUUCUGGAAGGUUUCCACCUAUACUCGUUGCUGGUGGAGGUGUUCGAGCCUGAGCAUCGUCGUACUCGCUGGUACUGCGCGGGCGCGUACGCGGCGCCGGCGCUCGUGGUGCUGGUGGCCGCCGCCGUGUCCUACCGCGGUUACGGCACGAGGGACCACUGCUGGCUGUCCACCGAGAACAUGUUCAUCAUGAGCUUUGUGGGCCCCGCUGCGUUUGUUGUUGCGGUGAACUGGGUCGUCCUAGGCUUAGUGAUUUAUAAGAUGUGCAGCCAUUCAAAAGUAUCCCUUAAAACAAAAGACAAUUCCAAAUUACAUAAUAUAAGAGUCUGGUUAAUCAGUUCAAUGGUCCUAGCAGUACUUCUCGGAUUAACAUGGACUUUCGGUCUUUUGUACAUAAACGAACAGACAGUCAUCUUUGCGUACUUAUUCUCUAUAUUGAAUUCACUGCAAGGAGUCUUCAUAUUCGUCUUUUAUUGCCUACAAAAUGAAAUAUUCCAAAAGGAAUGUGCACGUUUGUGCCACCGUCACUCCUGGCUCAGCUGUUGCUUGAGAUUUACGGGAAAUACCCCGUCUUCAAACCACGUGAAUACUCGCCAAGGAUCAGUCAACAGCAGGCGAUACCAUCAAAGUACAAUAGAUAAUGAAGAAGAUAGAGAUGUAACGAGUUACAACUUACAACCGGAAGCGUCAAGAUGGAUCCGUCCCACUGCUCCUAUUUACGUACCCAAUGAAGAAAUGCGAAACCCACGCGAUUCCGCGGCACAAAACAUACCUCAUAGUUCCUCUCACUCGCACAGCAUCGCCUCGAUGCAUAGCUACAGAAAUAAUAUCGAAGUACCGAGUGAUUACCAGAACCUUCGAUCGCGGUCGCCAUCUUGCUAUUCUAACAAAAUGGCGGCCUCAAUUGGCGCGAACGAGUGGACGGUGAACACGAAUGUAUGGAAGAACACUUCUUCUAAGCACCACCCAGUCAACUCUUCGACUCUACCUCAUCACGACACUCUGUCUCGGCAAAUGGCGCAACAGAGCCACAUUCACAGCCCAUACCCGGAAUGUGAGGGCCAAAUUGCCCCUGGAUCACCAAGGCACAUGAUCAAAGAUGAGGAAAGUCCUCUCCAUCAUCAAGGAUACCAGACGACCAGAAGUUACAACCAUGACUUCAGGAAUCCUCACGUCUUCAUGUCUCAGCAUUCACCCGGAAGCCAAGAGAUGAUCUUCCGAAAACAUUACAAAGAGGAUAAUCGUCGAAAGCAUCAUCAUCACCACGGAAGCCAGAAUGUAAAUCAUACAUAUUCCGAAAUAGCCUCGCAACAGGGCAGGAUAUACAGACGAGGUUCCGAAGAAUUCCGAGUGAUUCAAGACGAUCCUGUGUACGAAGAAAUCGAAAGGAACGAAACGCUCAUGUCAGAUAUGUCCGACGACAAUUCUGGACCGGACAACUGCCGGCAAAACCCUGGUCACCACGGAUCAUCUAGCUCCAAAUUCUUCGGGGACCAUCGGCCCCUCAUCUCAUACAGUCCAGGGGACAGGCACCACCACGAACAGGAGCACUAUGGAAAAUACGGCAAAUGGGAUACGCUAGAGCGGUCUUACGACCCCCGACACGCAUAUGAAAGCGGCAGAUUGAUGCACCCAUAUCACCAGCCCCAAGAGAACAACAUGAGAGCCCUGGCCGCGGUCCUGAAUGGGGAGAACAACGUGGUGUGCCACCUAGAGCCCCACAACUCGUACGACGUGUACCCCCAGGCCGGCAACCCGCGAACUGUCUCCCAACCGAGCUUC